GCAGGUUGCAUAUUUUAGGAAGUGAGGAGGAGGCACGGGCUCGAGCUGCGGCUGGGUCUGGGGCGCGGAGCCUCGGCGGGAGGAGGCGGACACGUGGCAGCGGCGGCAGCAGCAGCGGCGGCAGCAGCGGCGGCCUCGGUCCGGGGCGCCGGCCGUCCUCCCUCUUUCCUCCCGCGGCAGCCCUAGUUCCCGCCUCUCGGCUCCCCCGGCUCCGCUCUCCCAGCCGGGAGCUGCUCUCUCCUCUUUCUAGUCUCCAGCCACAGGACCCGGCGCGGGGCCCGCAGCGCCGCCACCAUGGGGAAGGGGGUUGGACGAGACAAGUAUGAGCCCGCAGCUGUAUCAGAGCAUGGCGAUAAAAAGGGCAAAAAGGCCAAGAAGGAAAGGGACAUGGAUGAACUCAAGAAGGAAGUGUCUAUGGAUGACCAUAAACUCAGCCUGGAUGAACUCCAUCGUAAAUACGGAACGGAUUUGAGCCGGGGAUUAACACCUGCAAGGGCCGCUGAGAUCCUGGCCCGGGAUGGCCCCAACGCCCUCACACCCCCUCCCACUACUCCCGAAUGGGUCAAAUUCUGUCGGCAGCUAUUUGGAGGCUUCUCCAUGUUACUGUGGAUUGGAGCCAUUCUUUGUUUCUUGGCUUAUGGUAUCCGAAGUGCUACGGAGGAGGAGCCGCCAAACGAUGAUCUGUACCUCGGGGUGGUGCUCUCCGCUGUAGUCAUCAUAACUGGCUGUUUCUCCUAUUAUCAAGAAGCGAAAAGCUCCAAGAUCAUGGAAUCCUUCAAAAACAUGGUCCCUCAGCAAGCCCUCGUGAUUCGAAAUGGAGAGAAAAUGAGCAUCAACGCAGAGGAUGUCGUCGUCGGGGAUCUGGUGGAGGUAAAAGGUGGGGACCGAAUCCCUGCGGAUCUCAGAAUCAUAUCUGCAAAUGGCUGCAAGGUGGAUAACUCCUCACUCACUGGCGAAUCAGAACCCCAGACUCGGUCCCCGGAUUUCACAAACGAGAACCCCUUGGAGACAAGGAACAUUGCCUUCUUCUCAACCAACUGUGUGGAAGGAACCGCACGUGGCAUCGUCGUGUACACUGGGGACCGCACCGUGAUGGGCAGAAUUGCCACACUUGCUUCUGGGCUGGAAGGCGGCCAGACCCCCAUUGCUGAAGAGAUCGAGCAUUUCAUCCACCUCAUCACGGGUGUGGCCGUGUUCCUGGGGGUGUCUUUCUUCAUUCUCUCUCUGAUCCUUGAGUACACCUGGCUUGAGGCUGUCAUCUUCCUCAUUGGUAUCAUCGUAGCCAACGUGCCAGAAGGUUUGCUGGCCACUGUCACGGUAUGUCUGACACUCACUGCCAAGCGUAUGGCAAGGAAGAACUGCCUGGUGAAGAACUUGGAAGCUGUGGAAACUUUGGGGUCCACUUCUACCAUCUGCUCCGAUAAGACUGGAACUCUGACUCAGAACCGGAUGACAGUGGCCCACAUGUGGUUUGACAAUCAGAUCCAUGAAGCUGACACCACAGAGAAUCAGAGCGGUGUCUCCUUUGACAAGACGUCAGCCACCUGGUUUGCUCUGUCCAGAAUUGCUGGUCUCUGUAACAGGGCAGUGUUUCAGGCCAACCAAGAAAACCUGCCCAUUCUUAAGCGGGCAGUAGCAGGAGAUGCCUCUGAGUCUGCGCUCUUAAAGUGCAUUGAAGUCUGCUGCGGCUCCGUGAUGGAGAUGAGGGAGAAGUACACCAAGAUAGUGGAGAUUCCCUUCAACUCCACCAACAAGUACCAGUUGUCCAUUCACAAGAACCCAAAUACAUCUGAGCCUAAACACCUGCUAGUGAUGAAGGGCGCCCCAGAAAGGAUCCUGGACCGCUGCAGCUCCAUCCUCCUCCACGGCAAGGAGCAGCCACUGGAUGAAGAACUCAAAGACGCCUUUCAGAAUGCCUACCUAGAGCUGGGAGGCCUGGGAGAGCGUGUGCUAGGUUUCUGCCACCUCCUUCUGCCUGACGAACAGUUUCCAGAAGGCUUCCAGUUUGACACUGAUGAAGUCAAUUUCCCUGUGGAUAACCUCUGCUUCGUGGGUCUUAUCUCCAUGAUUGACCCUCCUCGAGCUGCUGUCCCCGAUGCUGUGGGCAAAUGCCGAAGCGCUGGGAUUAAGGUCAUCAUGGUCACAGGAGAUCAUCCAAUCACCGCCAAAGCCAUUGCCAAGGGGGUGGGCAUUAUCUCAGAAGGCAAUGAGACUGUGGAAGACAUUGCUGCCCGCCUCAACAUUCCAGUGAACCAGGUGAACCCCAGAGAUGCCAAGGCCUGUGUAGUCCACGGCAGUGACCUGAAGGACAUGACCUCUGAGGAGCUGGAUGACAUCUUGCGGUACCACACAGAGAUUGUCUUUGCCAGGACCUCUCCUCAGCAGAAGCUCAUCAUUGUGGAGGGCUGCCAGCGGCAGGGUGCCAUCGUGGCCGUCACGGGGGAUGGUGUCAACGACUCUCCAGCUUUGAAAAAGGCAGACAUUGGGGUUGCCAUGGGGAUUGUUGGCUCGGAUGUGUCCAAGCAAGCCGCUGACAUGAUUCUUCUAGAUGACAACUUUGCCUCCAUUGUGACUGGAGUAGAGGAAGGUCGUCUCAUAUUUGAUAACUUGAAGAAAUCCAUCGCUUACACCCUAACCAGUAACAUUCCGGAAAUCACCCCCUUCUUGAUAUUUAUUAUUGCAAACAUUCCACUGCCCCUGGGGACCGUGACCAUCCUCUGCAUUGACUUGGGCACUGACAUGGUUCCUGCCAUCUCCCUGGCCUAUGAACAGGCUGAGAGCGACAUUAUGAAGAGGCAGCCCAGAAAUCCCAAAACGGACAAACUUGUGAAUGAGCGUCUGAUCAGCAUGGCCUAUGGACAGAUCGGUAUGAUCCAGGCUCUGGGAGGCUUCUUCACUUACUUUGUGAUUCUGGCUGAGAACGGUUUCCUGCCCUUUCACCUGCUGGGCAUCCGAGAGACCUGGGAUGACCGCUGGGUCAACGAUGUGGAGGACAGCUACGGGCAGCAGUGGACCUAUGAGCAGAGGAAGAUCGUGGAGUUCACCUGCCAUACAGCCUUCUUCGUCAGUAUUGUGGUAGUGCAGUGGGCCGACUUGGUCAUCUGCAAGACCAGAAGGAAUUCUGUCUUCCAGCAGGGAAUGAAGAACAAGAUCUUGAUAUUUGGCCUCUUUGAAGAGACAGCCCUUGCUGCUUUCCUAUCCUACUGCCCCGGGAUGGGUGCAGCCCUUAGGAUGUAUCCCCUCAAACCUACUUGGUGGUUCUGUGCCUUCCCCUACUCCCUUCUCAUCUUUGUGUAUGACGAGGUGCGGAAGCUCAUCAUCAGGCGACGCCCUGGCGGCUGGGUGGAGAAGGAGACCUACUACUAGCCCACUGCCCUGCACGCCAUGGAACGUUGUGCCACAUUGCACCCACCCCUACCCCCUCUUUGUGUACUUCAAGUCUUGGAGCUCGGAACUCCACCCUGGUAGGAAAGCACCAAAGCAUGUGGGGAUCCAGACAUCCUGGGAUGAAGCAUGUAGCUGUAACGGGGGGCGGGGGGAGGGCUGCCUGAGAAACACCGUGUACGGGAACGACGGCGGGGAAGGUUUAUAUGUGCCUUUUUGUUUUUGUAAAAAAGGAAAACCUGGAAAGACUGAAAGAUUACGUUUUAUAUCUGGAUUUUUACAAAUAAAGAUGGCUAUUAUAAUGGAA